AUGGGAAACUCGGCAUGCUGCACCGGUGCUGAGGCGAGCGCGGAUCAUGAACAAAAGGAGAUCACCCGCAAGGAGGCAGUUCCCGGCGCGCCUGAUCUUCCAGGCCCAGAUGUCAGUGCGCCAAUGGCUGCACAGGCAUCACCGGGCGAGUACUUCAUCCAGUUGAACAAGUCCACGGGAGCUCGUCUUGGAAUCGACGUUGACCAUAAGGAUGGCGAGACGCUGCUCAUUGAAGUUAUCAACGACGGUCUUGUCAUGGACUGGAACACCGCCGGCAACAAGGACAGAGUUCAAGUCGGUGAUCGCAUCGUUGAGGUGAACGGAAUCAACAAGGAUGUCUUGCAGCUGGUUGACGAGUGCAAGAAGAACCAGGUGCUGACCCUGAAGCUGCGCCGCGGGCAAUAG